AGCGCAGCCCGGAGAGCGGAGCCUGGUUCAGUGUACGGUGUCUGGACCGGACCGAGGCGGGCGCGGAGCACAUUUGCAAGGCGGAGUAGAUGGAGGACAAAGAGAAGCGGAGGAAGGAUGACAACUCGUCCAACAGCGACAGAGUCACUCUGAAAAAAGAAAUUGGGCUUUUGAGCGCUUGCGCUAUUAUCAUCGGGAACAUCAUCGGCUCUGGGAUAUUCAUCUCUCCUAAAGGAGUGUUGGAACAUGCAGGCUCAGUGGGACUGUCACUCAUCGUCUGGGUUUGUGGAGGGGGGAUCUGUGCCCUUGGGUCCAUGUGCUAUGCUGAACUGGGUGUCACCAUCCCAAAGUCUGGAGGAGACUAUUCAUAUGUGACAGAAAUCUUUGGAGGGCUAGUGGGCUUUCUGUUGUUAUGGAGUGCUGUCCUCAUCAUGUAUCCAACCACGCUGGCUGUCAUCGCGCUCACCUUCUCCAAUUACGUCUUGCAGCCGGCCUUCCAGAACUGCCUGCCUCCGUACAUCGCCACCAGACUCCUCGCCACCAUCUGUAUCUUAUUCCUGACCUGGGUGAACUGCUCUAGUGUUCGCUGGGCAACGAGGAUCCAGGAUGUUUUCACUGUAGGAAAACUCCUCGCUCUGGCACUCAUCAUAGUGGUAGGACUCGUCCAAAUCUGUAGAGGUCACUAUGAUGCCCUGCGUCCCAGUGUGGCCUUUGAAUUUCGUCAGGACCCCUCAGUGGGACAGAUAGCUCUGGCCUUCCUCCAGGCGUCCUUUGCCUACAGCGGCUGGAACUUCCUCAACUAUGUCACAGAGGAGGUGGUGGAGCCACGCAAGAACCUGCCUCGUGCCAUCUACAUUUCAAUCCCACUGGUGACCCUGGUCUACACUAUGACCAACAUUGCCUACUUCUCCUCCAUGACCCCUGAGGAGCUGCUGACCUCCAAUGCUGUGGCAGUGACAUUUGGGGAGAAGCUGCUGGGGAUGUUUUCCUGGGUGAUGCCAAUCUCUGUUGCACUAUCCACCUUUGGAGGAAUCAACGGAUAUCUGUUCACAUCAUCCAGAUUGUGUUUCUCGGGGGCCAGAGAGGGUCACCUGCCCUAUCUGCUGGCUAUGAUCCACCUAAAAAACUGCACUCCAAUCCCUGCCCUGCUGGUCUGUUGCAUCGCCACAAUAGUCAUCCUGUGUAUUGGAGAGAUGCACAACCUGAUCAACUAUGUGUCCUUUAUCAACUAUCUGUCCUAUGGGGUAACCAUCGCUGGCCUCCUCUACCUCCGCAAGAAGAGACCCAACCUGGCCAGACCCAUCAAGGUAAACAUGUUGAUCCCCAUCAGCUACAUUAUUUUCUGGGCUGUGCUGCUGGGCUUUAGUCUGUACUCUGAACCAGUGGUUUGUGGACUGGGUAUGGUCAUCAUGCUGACCGGGGUCCCUGUAUACUUUGUGGGUGUUCAGUGGAAGGACAAACCCAAAUGGAUCUACAGGCUGGUCGAAAGAGUCACGUAUGUGGGCCAGAGGGUGUGUUACGUGGUGUUUCCUCAGGAAGACUCUUCAGAGACUGAACCCCUCUCUGCCUCCAAAGCCAUUGACUGAGCAGUGCAGUCAACCAGGAAUUCCCCUUGUACAUCAACAGCUGUACUUCCAGUUUUUGCGUUCCAGUUUUUUAUAUUGUUUGCUCAGUUUGUGAAUGGUGAAGAGAUAGUUUCGCCUAUGUUCUUGCAUAGUUGCGGCCCGAAUAGGGCUGCAGUGAAGUCCCAGUAUAAAAUAAGUGGAUGGUUAUAUUUAGGGCAUUAGCAUGAUAAGCCCUUAAACUAGGGCAUGUGUUUUUAUUUGUUGGUUUGGUAGUACUGUCUAUCCCUUCUUCUCACCAGCAUGCCAAGUUUUCUCUUUCAUACGGAUUUUCAUCUCAUCCUGCCCCUUCUACUCACUCAAGGAACAUCUUCUGCUUCACUUCCAAGAUCUUUUACUUUCAUUACUUUAACUAAAUCCCUGUGCUGAUGUGCCUUAUGAAAAGUAUGUGUUGGUAUAGUAUUUUGGUUUCUGCAGGUAUUUUGAAUGUGUAAUAACUUUUAUGAGGUAAAUAUGCAAGCAGUCUCUGCACUUAGCAAUACUUCUCUAUUACUGCUGCUAUCUUCAGUCCUGAUUCACUAAUUACUCACAUGAUGUUUAGGGUCUGUCAACUGUGGAUGAGUAUUUUUCUGUCUGUGUCUCUGCAUGGCUACUGUACCAGGCCGUUCCUUUUACGCUACACCCCCCGUUUCUCUCUUUUUUUUCUCUACUCUCUCCAGGGAGAUAUUGUAGGUGCCUUCAUGUUCUUAUUAGAGAGGUGGUCUACACGAUGACACUCACCUUUUCCAGCGAGUUUGUUACUUCAGCUUGAAGAAUGCCCAACUCUCUCAGAAAUGAAUAAGCUGCAUUGUUACAACACAUGAUGACAGGCUGUUCUUCCAGGUUUUUAAUGUUCACCAGUCUCUUUGGUCUCUGAGUUUAGAACACCAAGCCUCUGUUGAGCUUGUUGCUUUAGAAAUGUUCUCAUCUCUGGGAAUGCCACUGUGAACUCUCCCAAGGUGCUUGACCUGCCAAGACAGUUAUUAGAUUUCCCAGUUCUCACCUGGGGUUGUUAUAAAGUACGUACCGGUAACGUGUUGUUGGAUAACAUUAGCAGAAUCACUAUUGACAGAUAGGUGGAUGGUUGGCAGUGGAUGUUUACUUUGGCAUGGGCCUGCUGCCACUUCCCCAAAGACACAUCAACACCGCAAUGACCCCUGGCCCCAUGACUUUUUAUAGAUCAACUGACUUAUUGUGAUACUAUUGACAUAAUAUGCUUGAAUUAAUUAUAGUCCCAUUGACCUCCCAUGACCGCUUUUUUGUUGUCCUGUUGAUUGAAAUUGAAAUAUUAAGUUGUCUCCAAAUGAUUUUGGUCAAAUUGAUCUCCUUACUGACGUUACGGCACCACUACCACAACACUGUACGCUAAUUCACUCGUCGCUGGAGAUAUUGGUGUUGACUUGUAUGUUAUAGCACUUGUCUGUAAGCUGUUUAUGUUAUGCACAGAACAGAACAUACGAAAGCUUGGCCUUUUUAACACGAUUUAAACCAGCAGGUCGGAACUUGGAUUGAGCAUUCGGCCCUUUUUUUCAGGCCAGCAGGUGCUGGGAAUUUCCCCCUGCAUCAAAUCCAUAGACGCACACUGAAGACAAUGUGCAUGUCUGUCUGCAAUGUCCAGGCGCUGCUAGCUCAGUUGAGAUAUGUAAAUAUUGUGUAAUGAAAAAAGAUGUUACAAAUGCGCCGGGCCUCCUACAAAUAUCAUUCCACAGACAUGUGAUACAUUUACAUACUGUACAAUUGAUGGGUGUACCUCUGUGUUUUGUAAAAGAAUGUAAAGUUGUACAAUAAUAACAAUAUAAUUGCUUAUUAAAUUUCGCAACCUCUGAGAAGCAUAACUGUUUUUGGGGUGGGGGAUGAGUGCCAUUGUCAGGUCAAAAAUUGUGUUUGGUGCUAAUAAUAAGCGAAUGGUAGCAUGCUAAUACACUAAACUAAGAAGGCAACUAUGGGAGACAUGAUACCUUCUAAACAUCAGCAUCUUGGGAUAUUGUCCCUAUGAGCGUGUUAAAAUGCUGAUAUUAGCAUUUAGCUAAUAGUACAAAGGUGACUAGUAACUAAAGGUACUGUUAAAUUAAUGACAAAAUAUUGAAAUAAACAUGAUAGCCUUAUGUAUUUUGUACACUAAAAAUUCACAAAAAUAACCAGCUUGAAGUUUAUUAAUUGCAGGCACAGGAAAACAAUGACUAAUAAACAGAAAGCUGUUCUGUGUUAUACAGGGUUUUGAUCAGCAAACCCCACAAUGUCAUGGUGGCAUUUCUCUUUCAGCACAAAAUAUACAAAUAUAGAUCUCAAAAUGAGAGAAAUGCCUGUAUACGAACACAGUAGAUGUCGACUUGAGCCUUUGACGGGAAAGAAGCUUCAAAAUCAAACAGCAAGGAGAGGGGGUGUCGCUAUCAGACAACCUGCUUCAGUAGGACUACACUGUCCAAUGGCCUUGAUCCAGUAUAUUUACUGUGUGUGUGUUCGGUAAACUUGUUCAUAACUGACAGAUAAAACAUCAUCUUAACCACAAUUGCACUUAUUCCAUACAACAAAUUAAAAUUGAAAAAUGCUACUAAAUCAUCUUCUAUAAUAUGUUGGCUCCAGUCCUCACUACAAAUGAUCAAAGACUGUCAUCAGAAUCAGAAUAAACAAGAAACCUGCAGAUUAUCACUUAAAUAAGUGAUAAACAUGUAAAUAUACUGAGUUAAGGUCACUGGAAGACACGUUUCCUGUUCCCUAACUCCCCUGCCACAGUAAUCCCAGAGACAAGAUUCCUUAUGCACCAGAGCACUGUAACUCCAUAGCAGUUGGUUGUACCAAUUAUGUGUCAUAUCAUGAAUCUGGGGUCAGAUA